CUCCGAAAGUCAACAUAUGUCCAGAUUUCUUGUUUCGCUUUGGCUUCGGUGUCCUUCAUCACUGCCAUGUGACUGGGGCUUUAAGCAGAAAUGAGGUGAUAGUGAAUUACUGCUGACAUUCCGAAAUGACACUGAUGAUGCUCUGAAAUGACACAUGCGCAGGCAGGUAGUGUGGACCGAUUUUUAGGGGGGACCGUUCGGUCGGCGACACCGGGUUGGACCCCCUUUUGCCUUGAAGACCUAUAUUUAUUCUUCGUGGCAUAAAUUGAACAAGGUGUUGGAGACAUUCCACCUUAGAAUUGGAAUAUAAUAUAUAAGAUAUACCUACUGAAUUUUCAUGAUAGCGUCACACAGUUGCCCAUUCAACCAGUCUGCACAUUCUCCUGUGACCUCUGACAUCAACAAGGCAUUUUUGUCCACACAACUGCCGAUCACUGGAUAUGUCUCUUUUUUGUGCCAUUUGCUGUAAACCCUAGAUAUGGUUGUGCAUGAAAAUCCCAGUAGAUCAGAAGUUUCUGAAAUAUUCAGACCAGCCCCUCUGGCACCAACAACCAUGCCACUUUCAAAGUCACUUAAAUUGUCUUUCACAUUCUGAUGCUUGGAUGGAACUUCAACAAGUCAUCUGUACCCCAUCUAGAUGCUUAAAUGCAUAAAAUUGCUCCCAUUUCACUGGUUGAUUAGCUAUUUGUGUUAACAAGAAAUUGAACAGGCUUUGGAAAUACACUUACUAAAAGAGAGAGAAGGCACACAUCCUCGAGGCACCAACUUAGUUUUCUUUUCUUUUUAAUCCCUCUUCUUAGAAACCUCACCAGUAGCUAGUUGGCUGUCUGGGUCACUGUUGUGGAGACACAGUCCUCUGGUUGCGCUGGCGGAUCUGUUCAGAAUGAAAAAUGUUAAGGUUGCAGUUAUUGGAGGAGGUGUGGUUGGCGUCUCCACUGCCGUCUGCAUCGCUGAAGCUCUUCCAUCCUGUUCUGUGACUCUUCUGGCUGAGAAGUUCAGCCCGGACACCACCAGUGAUAUCGCUGCUGGGAUCGUAUUUAGCAAACAGUUUCCAGAUGUCCCCUUGGAGCGACAAAAGCGUUGGUUCCAGAACAGUUUUGAUCACCUCUUGGCCAUCGCACAGUCUGAACACUCACCAGAAGCUGGAGUGCUGCUGAGCUCUGGUUGGCAAGUUUUCAGAGAGGUUCCAGCUGUGAAGAAGCCCUUCUGGUCAGAGACUGUGUUUGGCUUUCGAGUCAUAACUGACAUGGAACUGAAACGGUUUCCAGGCUACAAAUUUGGCCAAGCAUUCACCACCUUAAAAUGUGAAUGUUCCAACUACCUGCCCUGGCUGGAGAAGAGGUUCCGAAAAGCUGGAGGCCAGGUUGUACAGAGGAAAGUCGACAGUCUUCAGGAAUUAAGUACAAGCUAUGACAUCAUCGUUAACUGCUCCGGUCUGGGAUCCAGAACACUGGUGGGUGACCCUGAAGUGUACCCUGUCAGGGGCCAGGUCCUCAAGGUUGAGGCCCCCUGGCUGAAGCACUUCAUUAGAGAUGGAAACGGAUUCAGCUACAUUUAUCCUGGCGUGCACAGCGUCAUUGUAGGUGGUACGAGGCAGCAACAUGACUGGCGACUACAGGUGGACGAAAAGGACAUGAAGACGUUCAUGGAGAACUGCAUCAAACUGGAGCCAUCGCUGAGAAAAGCCAAAGUUCUCAGUGAGUGGGUCGGUCUGAGGCCGGGCAGGAAGAACCCGAGGGUGGAGAAGGAGGUGGUGGUGAUGGAGGGCCGCAGGGUGCCCGUGGUCCACAACUACGGCCACGGAGGUUUGGGCGUCAGCCUCGCUUGGGGAACGGCGCUGGAUGCACUGGGGCUGGUCACACAGUGUGUUCACGAAAUGUCUCCACAGGCUAAACUGUGAGAAAGCUCAGAUUUCUUUUUUUUUUUUUUUUUCACCUCUAUAACAAAAUGCAUCACAACACAGAAUGUACAUUAACGAGAACUGCAGUAAUAAUGACAAUAAUAUUAAUAGCAAGGAAUUUUCUUGUAGCCAACAUCAUCACAAAAUCGAGAAGUAUAUUAAUUUCAACCAUGGCUGCAUCAUUUACAACAGGACUUGCGGAAAAGGAGCUGGGUUCAAAUCCCAGUUAUGCUUCCCAUUUGUGUCCUUGCACAAGACUCUUAAUCUGCAUUGUCUCAGUCCACCCAGCUGCCAAUGCCCACCAGCCAUAGUGUUCUAUAUACCAGCUUUCACGUAACAACUUUAGAGGUAUAGUAAGGACGAACACCAACAGGUCUCAUACUAACCUCUAUGGCUACUCAGUUACAACCCCAAUUCCAGUGAAGUUGGGACAUUGUGUAAAAUGUAAAUAAAAACAGAAUACAAUGAUUUGCAAAUCCUCUUCAGACAGACAGAGACAGACAAAUACUUUAUUAAUCCCAAGGGAAAUUGUGCAUUAUCUAUGCUCCAAGGAUAAAUAGAAUUAAAAGAUACAAUAAAAUGGAAGGAACAAAGCCCACCACAGAAAUAAAUAAAUAAAUAACUAAAAACUAGCUGCUAAAACACAUUCUCCCUCCUGACCCUCCCAGCAGAGGCCUCAUUAAGCAGCCUAAUGGCACGCGGAACAAAUGAGUUCCUCAGUUCCAACACACCGCGGCAUAAAAAAGAACACUGGACACAAUAGCCAGAUAAAACAGGUGCACUAAAUUAGGGCAGACUCUGAACGAGGCCAGCCUUCUGAGAAAAUACAUUCUGCUCUGGCCCUUCUUAUAAACAGCGUCCAUGUUGGCUGCCCAGUUCAGCUUAUUGUCCAGAUGUAGUCCCAGGUACUUAUACGUGGAGACCACCUCCACCUCUGCUCCACCUAUGUUAAUGGGCUGCAGAGAGGGUGGCGCCCGGCGAAAGUCCAACACCAUCUCCUUUGUUUUAGUGGUGUUCAGCUGGAGCUUAUUCAGCCGGCACCACUGCACAAAGUCCUUCACCAAGCCUCUGUACUCCCUCUCGCCCCCCUCCCGAAUUCUUCAACCUUCAAAUCUUCAACCUAUAUUCAACUGAAUACACCACCAGGACAAGAUAUUUAAUGUUCAAACUGAUAAACUUUAUUGUUUUUGUGAAAAUAUUUGCUCAUUUUGAAAUGGAU